UGCAUGCGACACAUCCAGCCUAUGCGCGGAUGUGCGUCGAUAUAUACAAAAACAAGAGACCCUGAAGCAACUCAAAUAUAACAAGUAGCAUUUCAAUGUAAUGCUGUUGGUGAUACUCAAAUUAUUGCAUUGAAAGGGUGGAUCUGCCCAAGGGUAGCCGGGCUUUACAGCGUAUUAUGUCAGUUACCUCCGGAAUCAAGCGUCAAGUACGGCUUUAAAUACCCCAGACUCAGUCGACCCCCCGAAGACCCUCCGACGAUUUCGCUGUAUAAUGCGUCCAAUGACCCAUGUCAGUCCCGGCCACUCCCCGAGCACCCACCGAUAGACUUCCCGUUAACCCCUUGAUGAUUUCACGAAAACAGCAGUAUAUAUACCAUAUUUAGCAAGCACAUCAGAGUCAUGUUACCUUCGAAGUAGCAUCGUCUCCUUAGGCCAGUCGAUCGUUCCGAACUGUUGGGUUCUUUACAGCAUUGUGAAAGAUUCCAAGGAGCCGGGACUACUAAACAUGGAUACUAACAAGGCGGAGAAGGAGUCUGUCGAGACCACGACUGUGAAUACAACUCCCAACUCGGAUUCGUCGACCAUGAAGCCAGAUUCAGAAAAGGACGUUGAAGCGGGACCGGACAAUCGCGCGCUUGGUGCUGAUGAGAAGGACCCGAACAUCGUCGAGUGGGAUGGACCCGACGACCCAGAGAAUCCGAUGAACUGGCCCGAUGGCAAGAAAUGGAUCAAUAUCAGCAUCGUGUCAAUCAUCACCAUCGUAACUCCCUUAGGUUCUUCGAUGUUUGCCCCUGGUAUUCCUAGCAUCAUGGAGGAAUUCCACUCAACGUCGUCUACCGUAGCCACGUUCCUUCUCUCGAUCUACAUCCUAGGCUUUGCUUUCGGCCCGCUUCUUGUGGCCCCGCUGAGCGAGAUCAUCGGCCGUCAACCCCUUUACGUGUUUGGUAACAUAAUCUUCGUUCUCUUCACCGUCGGCGCCGCUCUUGCCAACAGUAUCGGGAUGUUGAUGGCGUUUCGUUUACUCAUGGGUCUCGCUGGAUCAAUCCCCAUCACUAUCGGAAGCGGCACGAUUGCGGACAUCAUGCCACUCGAGAAACGUGGUAGAGCCAUGUCGGUUUGGUCAUUGGGUCCUCUCUUGGGUCCUUGUAUUGGCCCUAUCGCCGGUGGUUACUUAAUCCAGGCCGCUGGCUGGAGGUGGGUGUAUUGGCUGAUGGUUAUUCUCGCCGGAAUCUUUAUCCCUGUCUCUAUCAUCUUCCUCAAGGAGACCUUCGCCCCUGUCCUUCUCGAGCGCAAGACCCAGAAGCUCCGCAAGGAGACAGGAAACCUAAACCUACAAAGCAAGCUCUCGGAAAGACUCAGCCCUGUAGAUCAAUUCAAGGUGGCCAUAGUUCGCCCUGUGAAACUUUUGGUAUUGACGCCGAUCGUCACCCUUAUGUCGCUUUACGUUGCGAUAUCCUACGGAAUUCUAUAUCUUCUCAUCACGACCUUCUCAUUCGUUUUCACCGACCAAUACGGAUUCAGCGAGGGUGACAACGGCCUCACAUUUCUUCCGGCUGGGAUAGGUUUCAUCGUUGGCGUUAUCGGCUUCGGGCAGAUUGUGGAUUGGAUGGUCAAGCGAAACCAAGCCAAGGGAAUCGAGCAUAAACCUGAACUUCGUCUUGUUCCUGGCCUUACGAUCCCCUGCGGUCUCACGCUCCCCAUCGGCUUAUUUAUUUAUGGAUGGACUACCCAGUACGCGGUGCACUGGAUUGUUCCCAUGAUUGGUGUUCUCAUAUUCAGUGCCGGACUGAUGGGUGUAUUGUUCUGCAUCCAGAAUUACCUCGUCGAUACGUAUCUCCGCUACGCUGCAUCUGUAACAGCCGCAAUGACCGUCCUUCGAUCGUUGCUAGGUGCGCUUCUUCCCCUCGGCGGUCUCGAGAUGUACAACACCUUAGGCCUCGGAUGGGGUAACAGCUUGCUCGGUUUCAUCUCACUCGCGCUCAUCCCGAUACCCGUCGUUUUCUAUAUAUUCGGCGAGAGGAUACGGGGCAGGUUCAAUAUUAAGUUGUGAUAGUGCUUAGCUGAUUGUUGGAUAUUAACAUUAACAAAAGCUCGACUGUAUACUAAAAUUAUAGAGAUACAUACCCAAUGUAUAUAGAGGCAAUGCAGAUUGAACAUAUCCGUCAUUUAC